AUGGCGAGAGUGCUCCACAACUUGCUGUUAUUUCUCAUUAGACUUGCGCUGAAAAUCCGAGUUUUGGGUUAUUGGUCGUUGAUCUACGGUUAUUGUGCUCUCUGCACCGUCGUAGCCCUGCUGAAACUUUGGUGGAACAUCGUCUUGAGGCCGACUGCAACCUUCCAAUGGGCGAUUCGUGAAACUCCCCCGGCUUGUCUGAAUGACACGUCCUUGGGAACCCACUGUUAUGUUAGGAUCAAGGAGUCUGGCCUCAGGUUUCACUACGUUGCUGCCGGAGAGAGAGGAAAGCCGCUCAUGCUGUUUUUACACGGCUUCCCUGAGUUCUGGUUCUCCUGGCGUUACCAGCUGCGUGAGUUUAAGAGUGAAUUCCGCGUGGUGGCCAUCGACAUGCGGGGCUACGGGGAGUCCGACCUGCCGCUCUCUGCUGAAAGUUACCGCUUCGACUAUCUGGUGACCGACAUCAAGGAUAUUGUGGAGUACUUAGGAUACAACAGAUGUUGUCUCGUCGGCCACGACUGGGGAGGGACCGUCGCGUGGCUGUUCGCCAUUCACUACCCAGAGAUGGUGACAAAACUCAUCGUCCUGAACUGCCCGCAUCCUUCCGUGUUCACAGAUUACGCUCUGCGUCACCCGAGCCAGCUGCUGAAAUCCAGUCACUUCUUUUUCUUCCAGCUGCCCCGCUUCCCGGAGCUCAUGCUCUCCAUCAAUGAUUUCAAGGCUCUGAAGGCCUUGUUCACCAGCCGCAACACAGGGAUCGGAAGGAAAGGCCGCUGGCUCACCGCGGAGGACCUGGAGGCUUAUCUGUAUGCACUGUCACAGCCGGGAGCUCUGACCGGAGCGCUCAACUACUACAGGAAUGUCUUCAGCUCCCUGCCCCUGAGCCAGAAUCACGUCAGGUCUCCGGUGCUGCUGCUGUGGGGUGAGCGGGACGCCUUCUUGGAGCAGGAAAUGGCGGAGGCGUGCCGCCUCUACAUCCGGAAUCAUUUCCGCCUCAACAUCAUCUCUGGGGCCAGUCACUGGCUGCAGCAGGACCAGCCUGACAUUGUGAACACCCUCAUAUGGACCUUCCUCAAGGAGGGCGAGGGACGCAAAAGCUACAGGAACUAA